CACCCCGCCACGCCGUGCUCGCUGCCAACCCGGCAACGAGAGCUCGCCCUUUUUCUUGUCAGAGCACUGCGACGCGGGAUAACCUUGACUCUUUGCCUACGCAUCCAUCUGUCCUUCUGCUGUGUCCUUUCAUCUUCCUCAAGGCAGCACCUCUUUUCUCCAAACCUUGACAUCGUCGGCCGUCCCAUCCGUCGUCGUCGCUGCCGCCUGCCUCCAGCUAGCUGACCUGCCAACUCUACAAGACCUCAUCUCAGCUGUAAAACCAGUCAUCAUGUCCCACAAGCGUACCCAGUCCACCACUGUCGUGGCGGCCAACGCUCUUGACCACCUCUCGUCGGGUGGCAAGAUCGAGUGGCUCGCCUCGCUCGAUACCGCCUUCUCCCCCGUCCGCAACUACCGCCGGUCGUCCAUCAUUUGCACCAUUGGCCCCAAGACCAACUCUGUCGAGGCUAUCAACAAGCUCCGCAAGGCCGGCCUCAACGUUGUUCGCAUGAACUUCUCCCACGGCUCGUACGAGUACCACCAGUCGGUCAUCGACAAUGCCCGUGAGGCCGAGAGAGUCCAGCCUGGUCGUCAGAUCGCCAUUGCUCUUGACACCAAGGGCCCCGAGAUCCGUACCGGUAACACCAAGGGCGACGAGGAUCUCCCUCUCGCUGCCGGCACCAUCCUCAACAUCACCACCGAUGACCAAUACGCCACCGCUUGCGACACUCAGAACAUGUACGUCGACUACAAGAACAUCACCAAGGUCAUUGAGGUCGGCCGCAUCAUCUACGUCGAUGACGGUAUCCUUGCCUUCGAGGUCCUUGAGAUUGUCAACGAGAAGACUCUCAAGGUCAAGGCUCUCAACAACGGCUUCAUCAGCUCCAAGAAGGGUGUCAACUUGCCCAACACCGAUGUUGAUCUUCCCGCUCUUUCCGAGAAGGAUAAGUCCGAUCUCAGGUUUGGUGUCAAGAACAAUGUCGACAUGGUGUUUGCCUCGUUCAUCCGCCGCGGCCAGGACAUCAAGGACAUCCGCACCGUCCUUGGCGAGGAGGGCAAGCACAUCCAGAUCAUCGCCAAGAUUGAGAACAGACAAGGUCUCAACAACUUCCGCGAGAUUCUCGAGGAGACCGACGGUGUCAUGGUUGCCCGUGGUGAUCUUGGUAUCGAGAUCCCCGCCGCCGAGGUGUUUGCUGCCCAGAAGAAGCUCAUUGCCAUGUGCAACAUCGCCGGCAAGCCCGUCAUCUGCGCUACCCAGAUGCUCGAGUCCAUGAUCAAGAACCCCCGCCCCACCCGUGCCGAGAUCUCCGAUGUUGGCAACGCCAUCACUGACGGCGCUGACUGUGUCAUGUUGUCCGGUGAGACCGCCAAGGGCUCCUACCCCAACGAGGCUGUCCACGAGAUGCACGAGGCCUGCCUCAAGGCCGAGAACACCAUCCCCUACAUCAGCCACUUCGAGGAGAUGUGCUCGCUUUCGCGGCGGCCCGUGUCUAUUGUCGAGUCCUGCGCCAUGGCUGCCGUCCGCGCCUCUCUCGACCUUAACGCCGGUGGUAUCCUCGUCCUGUCGACCUCCGGUGACUCUGCCAGACUUCUCAGCAAGUACCGCCCUGUCUGCCCCAUCUUCUGCGUUACCCGCAACGCUUCCACCAGCAGGUACGGUCACUUGUACCGUGGUGUCUACCCCUUCAUGUUCCCCGAGGCCAAGCCCGACUUUGCUCAGGUCAACUGGCAGGAGGAUGUCGACCGCCGCAUCAAGUGGGGUGUCUCGAACGCCAUCAGCCUCGGCGUCUUGGCUCCUGGCGACACUGUCGUCGUUGUCCAGGGCUGGAAGGGCGGUAUGGGCAACACCAACACCCUGCGCAUCGUCAAGGCCGACACCGAGUCGCUCGGCAUUGGCCAGCUCGAGUAAGAGCUAUGCACUGGGCUGAUUGGGAAAUGAAGAUGGGAAGGGAGAUAAUUCGGCGCACAAAGGAAAUGGCGCAGCUCAAAAAGCGAUAUACACAGGCUGCAAGCACGCACGUGCGCGUUGACGCGAUGACAACGAGAACUGUUGAGCAUUGUUAAUACCUUGAUUUCAAACAUGCGGUUAUGAUAGAAUGGGCAUCAAUAUGAUUAAGUCUGCAUAUC